CGGAGCUCAUUCGUUCAAGCACGGAGUCGGUCUGGUCGGUCGGUGAGUCAGUUGCCGCCUGCCAUCAGCUGGCCCAGCAGUUACUAGCAGGUUGACAGGUGGGAAGGUUGGUCAGCAGAGUACAUCAACAGUUCGACAGUUUCUUAAUUUUAAGAGUACUUUGGCGCAGAUUUCGUACCAGUUUUGUUCCAUUAGUUGAGAAGAAAAGUGCUUGAGAUGGAGCAUCUUCCGGAUGAUGUGCUGCUCAAGCUCAUGUCGUUCCUGGACGUGGCGGACUUGCUCCAGUGCUGCCUCGUCUGCAAGAGGUUGGCGCCCCUGGCCCGGCACGCAGACGUCUGGCGGCACCGAGACGUCUCCUGGACCUCGCGGUGUACCCGGCUCCGGCAUCGCGCACUCUUCGCUGCACUGCGGCUGGCGCCGUGCGUCCACUCGUUGGAGAUCCUUCUCCCACCCCUCCCACAACCGGGACUCCAGCUCCACACGCUUUUCACGGCGCCGUGUGCCGCAAGAAGGUUGACUCUUACAUUGCGAGAGGAGCUCGGCGCCUGGCAAGCGUCCCUCCUCAUAAGGCACCAGAGCGCCCUCGGCCGGCUCAAGGAGAUCGACUUGCGCAUUUGUUGCAAGUUAGGUUCCCAACAGAAUGAUUCCGCGCCACCAGUGGCUCCCGUGUUGUUCGGGACGUUGGCAACAACGUCUGGUUUGGAUGCUCUGAAAAUAACCGGCGACCUUAGGAAAGGCGACAUGUUGGACGCUCCCGCGCCCAGCACCGUCGUGGCGUCCCUGAGACGCUUCGAGUGCCUCACCCGUGACCAAGUUGACUGCGACGCUCAUUGGCUGGAGCCUUUUACCAACGCCGUGCUGGCCACACACGCCGCCACGCUCACCGACGUCCGCGUCGUCUCCCUCGGGAGGCCAUGUCCCUCGCCCUUGAUGGCGCCCCUCCUGGCCUCGAUGCCGCACCUCACCAUGCUGAAGUGCCAGAUGCUGCCCGGCAUGGAGGCCGUGGCUGCGUGCGCGGAGCUGAGGAGCGUUGAGCUCCGCGUGGACCCCGACAUGGGUGCUGCCCUGCGGGCCUCGACGGCAUCGUUCUUCCGCCUCGCCCACCAGCUGCGCCACGUCUCCAUAUGGUGCUCGGAGUUCUGCGAGGCCGGCGAGUUCGUCAGCGCCAUGGCGACGUCCGGGCGAUCCUGUGUGGAGACGGUGUGCGUCGACAACCAAGACGUCCUCGACCGGCCCCAGGCGGAGAGGCUUUCGGCGGCGGUGCACUGGUUGCCCGCCCUGCGCCUGCUCAAGAUCAAAGUGGGAGCCUACUCGGAGGACGCGCGCAGAACACUGCUCACGGUUGCGAACAACUCUCUUCGAGUGCAUCUUUGUGCGCCUCAUCGUACUCUAAAUCAUCGCACUCUAAUAAAAUUAUUUUGCUGUAAAUCAUACCCCAAGUCUAAAUAAUUAGGAUUGCACCCAAUACAGCUUAUUUUGUAUCAUUUUGUUUACAUCGAAUAAACCACCGGCUUCAAGCUUUUGAACAA